UGUCAAAUACAGCACUAUCGUAAUUGUUUCAUUAAAUCAAAAUUCAAUUGUCAUUGAUGGAUUAAACCGACGUUAUUAAAAAUAGCGCAAUGGCGUGAAAGUUAUGUGUGUGAGUGUGUGGUCGUAAGGCUCAGGGCAAAAAUGAACUUGCCUAGCGUAAAGGACUAUAGUAUCCUCGAGAAAAUAGGAGCUGGUAGUUAUUCUACUGUGUACAAAGCCUUCAAAAAAGAUGGCUCACGUGAAGUGGUGGCGAUUAAAUGCGUCGACAAGUCGACCCUUUCAAAGUCAGCGAUCGAAAAUCUCAUUACCGAGAUCAAUUUGCUCAAGAUACUCAAGCACGAGCACAUCGUUGAGAUGCGCGAUUUUUUUUGGGAUGAGGGUCACAUUUACAUAGUGAUGGAGUAUUGCAAUGGCGGGGACUUGUCCAACUUCAUAAAGCGCAAGCAUAAGCUUGCAGAGCAUGUUUGCCGCAAGUUCCUACAGCAACUCGCUCUUGCGCUCAGGUAUCUGCGCGACCAUAACGUCUGUCAUAUGGACCUUAAGCCGCAGAAUUUGCUGCUUGUCAAGAGACCUGUGCUUGUCCUUAAAAUUGCCGAUUUUGGUUUUGCGCAAUACCUCAGCAUCUCUGAAACGAAGUUCUCAAUAAGAGGUUCACCAUUGUACAUGGCGCCGGAGAUUCUACUACGUCACAAGUACGACGCCCGCGUCGACCUCUGGAGCGUUGGUGUCAUCAUGUACGAGUGUCUUUUUGGCAAAGCACCUUAUUCUAGCAAUAGCUUUCCCGAACUCGCCGAAAAGAUCAAGAGUAUGAGGCCGAUUGAGUUGCCGAAAAGCUGUCACAUAUCGACGGAGUGCAAGGAUCUGCUGCUAAGGCUGUUGAAGCACGACCCCAAAGAGCGACUUACAUUCGACGAAUUCUUCACGCACGACUUCCUCGACCUCGAACAUGCACCCACUAAAGAGAACUUCGAUAAGGCUGUGACUCUUAUACAUAAAGCUGUGAAUACUGACAAUGAGGGAUGCCAUAGGGAGGCUUAUCAUCUCUACUGCGAGGCGCUUCGUUAUUUCAUUCCUAUCUUGACUAAUGAGUCUGAUUUACAGAAAAAAGAGGCGUUGAGAUUGAGUGUGAACGAGUACAUAAGGCGUGCGGAAGAGUUAAAGGACCUAACUUGUGCAGAUCCCGAGAAAAACAACCAGGAUGCAAUGGUAGGUGCGGAACCUUGCAAACAAUCGAAGUGUGACUCCCUGGAGCGCCAUGACGCUGUCAACUUUCAGGAAUUAUGUGUGCUAAGCAGGAGUACCGGGGGUAUGGCAGAUGCUCUUGAGAUAGGGGAGGUGGCGGAGCAAUACCUGGCCGAAAGCAACUAUAAUCUCGCUCUCGAAAAGUUUCAAUCGUGCCUGAAGAUUUUGGUACCGCUGCUUGGCAAAGAACCUCCUAGCCGCAGACGCGAACUACUUUCCAAACAGAUACACAAGUGGAUGAAGGAGGCAGAAAGUACAAAGGCUCUCUUAAUUACUCGUGAUAUGGAAAAAAAUGUGCAGCGCGCUCCAGAGUACCAAAUCCAAGAACAAUGUGCAUUACAAUAACUUUGCUUGACCUUCAAGACGUCUUAUUUUUAUUUAG